GGGAGGGAGAGAGAGCCAUCGGCAUCGGAGCGAGUCAAACCCUUCUCAACAGUCCACUCCCAGCUCGCUCGGUCCCCUCUCCUCACUCACUCACUCGCGCCGUCCACUUUACUCCGCUCGCCCCAUGCGCUGCCGCCGCCGCUGGUAACCGACCCCCAUGGGCUGCGUCCACGGCCGCCCCUCCCCCGCCCCUACGCCCGCCCGCCCGCCUCCCCAACCGAAGCCUGAGCAGGCGCCGCCGCAGGAGGCCGCUGGACCCGACAAGGGCGAGCAGCCUGUCCCUGCCCCGGCCGCCGCGGCGGCGGCGGCGGUAACCGAGAAGCCGGCCAGGAGGGAGAGGCGCUCCCGGUCGUCGCGCUCCGUCGCCGAGGCCCGCCUCGGCGGCAGCUUCGUCAACAGGGCGCGGGGGGAGCAGGUCGCCGCCGGCUGGCCCGCCUGGCUCUCCGCCGUCGCUGGCGAGGCCAUCGACGGCUGGACCCCGCGCCGCGCCGACUCCUUCGAGAAGAUCGACAAGAUCGGGCAGGGCACGUACAGCAACGUGUACAAGGCGCGGGACACGCUGAGCGGCAAGAUCGUGGCUCUCAAGAAGGUUCGCUUCGACAACCUCGAGCCCGAGAGCGUCCGCUUCAUGGCCCGCGAGAUCCUCAUCCUCCGCCGUCUCGACCACCCCAGCGUCAUCAAGAUCGAUGGCCUCGUCACCUCCCGCAUGUCCUGCAGCCUCUACCUUGUCUUCGAGUACAUGGAGCACGACCUCGCCGGGCUCGUCGCCAGUCCGGACAUCAAGUUCACUGAGCCACAGGUUAAGUGCUAUAUGAACCAGCUGUUGUCUGGGCUGGAGCACUGCCAUGACCGUGGGGUGCUGCACCGUGACAUCAAAGGGUCGAAUCUGCUUUUGGAUAACAAUGGCAUGCUGAAGAUUGCAGAUUUUGGCCUGGCGUCAUUCUUUGAUCCGAGCCGUAAGCAGCCGAUGACGAGCAGGGUUGUGACACUAUGGUAUCGCCCACCGGAGUUGCUUUUGGGUGCUACUGAUUAUGGGGUGGGCGUGGACCUGUGGAGUGCUGGGUGUAUUCUUGCUGAGCUGUUGGCUGGAAGGCCUAUUAUGCCAGGCCGGACUGAGGUGGAACAACUGCACAAAAUUUUUAAGUUGUGCGGCUCCCCCACAGAAGAAUAUUGGAAAAAGUCGAAAUUGCCUCAUGCAACGAUAUUUAAGCCUCAGCAGCCAUAUAAAAGGCGAAUCACAGAUACAUUCAAAGAUUUUCCACAAUCAGCAUUGCGGUUGAUCGAAACACUACUUGCAAUUGAUCCAGCAGAUCGAUUGACAGCGUCCUCUGCACUGCAAAGUGAUUUCUUUACAACUGAACCUUAUGCAUGCGAGCCAUCAAGUCUCCCAAAAUAUCCUCCAAGCAAAGAAAUGGAUGCAAAACGAAGAGAUGAAGAAGCCAGACGUUCAAGAGCUGCUGGUGGUAGGGCUAAUGGUGAUGGAACUAAUAAGGCAAGGUCACGUGAUCGACCUAGGGGAGUUCCAGCUCCAGAUGCAAAUGCUGAGCUUCAAAUAAAUAUUGAUAAAAGAAGGUUAGUAAGUCAUGCAAAUGCGAAAAGCAAGAGUGAAAAAUUUCCUCCCCCACAUCAGGAUGGUGCGGUCGGUUUCCCUUUGGGUUCUUCAAAUCAAAUGGACCCGCUAUAUGAACCCGCAGAUCCAACUUCCUUCAGCACCAUGUUUGCUCAUGAGAAAAGCUCCGUGCCUACUUGGUCUGGGCCAUUGGUCAAUCCUUCCGCAGUUGGGAACCAAAAGCGGAAACACAAAUCCAGCCGCUCGUCAAAACAACCAGCCACUGCCCGUGCUCGGUAAGAUCCCGAGAAGUGGUAUUCUUUUAGAGAAAAUGAGUCUCCGAAAUAUGGAGAUAUAUACUCUGCGGCAUUCCCUGUACAAUGUUUGGCAAACGAGGCAUGUGAUGAUAAAUUAGUUGCUUCGGGAAUUAUUCAAUGCACUUUUUCUCUCUGAACAUCAUUGUAUAGACAGGGGAAGGACUUCAAGUAGUUUACUUGUGUACAUUAGGUUCUCCUUUUGUGUUGUUAUAAGCAGGUGCAUUUGAUGUUAGAUUCAUUCGAGUGGAAGCUUAGAUCCCUAGCAUUUCAGGACAUUCCCUUCCAUUGUAACACCUUUUUUAAUUGCAACCGAUAUAAUCAUUUCUCAUCAAUUCAAUGGAAAUCAUGAACUGGUGUUUUGAAUGAA